GGCCUUCGGAGCCGGACCGAGCUGCUUCUCCAGUCGCCAACCGUCCAUCUCUAUUAUUGUUACCGCUGCGUUUAUGGUAAAAGUGCUUUUUUGAUGGUCAGGGGUCUCGUUCCCUGCAUUGGUUUGGCGUAAAUCGAGAUCUCAUGCUCGAGGAGCGUCCGUCCGUCCUUGUCAUUGACGCCCUCAUCACGUAUCUUGCCGCGCGGAAGACGGGGCACCGCGAGUCCGAUGAUGCGAUUGGCCCGGUGGAGGAGAGCAUUCUGGCGCUGCAAUCGCUGCUCUAUGGGCAGGAUGACGGGAUGGAGGGUCAACGCCAGGCUGAGGACAUGCUGUAUCAUGGCAACUUCUCGCCUACGUCCGGGGGCCGACGGUACUUCCUUCCUUAUGAGAGCAACGGCAAGAUCUUCUCAUCAACUACGAACCAUUCCAGUUUGAGGCGAUGGUGCAGGUCGGUGUCUGGAUUGGCUUCACUGUGGGCUGGGUAUUCCUGGCUCGGUCCGGCUUGCUCGAAGUCGGAGCUGAGCUGACGCUCUGGGGCCCGCCGCUCGCCGGUUGCGUCCACAUCGACUGCCGGGUGCACUCAUUGUAUAUCACAUUCGGUGGGUCCAGAAAGACCUUACCGUCGCCCACCUUGCUGGGCUUCUACCGGGCCG